CCUGAAGUGAGCUUCCUCGGAAGCAUCAUUGAGCUCGGAAGGUACCAAGUCACCUCGACUCCGUCUUUUCUUGUGACUUCCCGGCCGCAACAAAAAUAUAGAAUGCUUUCCUUUCCUGCGGCUGGGAACUCGCAGUUCGAUUGUCGCAUGUCCUGUACGAGUGGGCUGCGUUGAUCAGCGACUUGAAGUCCGACAUAGAAACAGAAACGGCCGUCGUAUUCCAGAGCAUGACUGCAGCGGGUUAAAAGUCCUAUCUCUAGGACCACGGUCGUCUUUGGUCUCCUCUUAGACGCCAUGUGUCAGCUGCCAUUGGUGCCUCUUGUAUACCUUGCGGCCUUAUAAGAUACAAAGACCAUCCAUGGACAUAAGCAAAGACGAACAGUGAGGAUCACUGAGGAAAGGAAGAUCAUACACAGCAAUCUACAUUUCGCUCUCGACUCUCUCCAUUACCACUCUGCAGGAGCAUUUUCUACUGUAAAUAUGACGCUGAAGUUGUAUGGAGAUCUUCUGUCUCAGCCUGCAAGAGCUGUCGACAUCUUGCUACGGGCCAACAAUGUCGAAUAUGAAUUCGAAUAUGUGAGUCUUAGGAAAGGAGAACAUCUUACCUCUGCGAUGAAAGCUUUGAACCCCAGAGGACAAGUACCUUUCAUUAUCGACGAUGGAUUCGUUGUUUGCGAGAGCUCCACGAUUAUGAGAUACUUGUGUCAGAAGUACUCGCUGCCCGACCACUGGUACCCUGCAGAUCUUAAAAGCAGAACUGGCGUGGAUACCCUGCUGGAUUGGUAUCACUCAAAUCUCCGUGCAACUUCAGGUUACGUAUUCAUGAAGGGCAUGCAAGUCUCCGUAUUCAAGAUGUCCCCACCGAGAGAAGAAUAUAUCAAAUUGAAGGAAGACAUUAUGCUCAUGUCCUUGAAGAUCUUGGAGGAGUCGUAUCUGACCGAAGAAGGAUCUUUCCUGCUUGGUGCCUCUCAGCCCACCAUCGCCGAUGUACUCCUCGGCUGCGAAGUCACGCAAACUUGUAUGCUUGAUGAGGCAGAUCGUGAAAGGGUGCUCGGUGGAAAGCCGAAGAUUGCAAAAUGGCUCGCAGCAUUGGAAGAGACCACGGCUCCUCACUUUGCUGAGGUGCAUACCACAAUCCGCUCCACUGCAAAAGAAAUGGAAGCAUCGAGCAAGUAGUGGGCGAGCUGCGCGGUGGAGGGAUACUUCCGGAGCGAAUCAUCGGUCUCAUACCUCGAUCGAAAUGAAGAGCCUUUUCGGCUCAUCAAAAUCGAACGCUUAGAAUAAGUCGAUUAAACUUGUCACAUCGAAAAAUCAUCAGAGUAUGAGCUUUGAGAAGGAUCUUGGAGGGUCACGACAUUUUUGGGCUCCCAGUGAGCGUGGAACUCUCCUCGAAACGCGAGGUCGUGCAUGCUCUCUGGUCUCGACUAUUGCUGAAGCAACUGUGCACAGUUUUCAUCCUGGAGUUGAAAGUGCAUUUUUCCCGCAUUUUCUUUGUAUCAAUAAACAAGAGUUGGCAGAUAAUU